UCAAAGACAAAACCUGCGAAAAAAGUGUAAAGGCAAAAUGCCAAAUCCUUUCCCACGCUGUUUAAUUCGAUGCUCCCAUACCAUCUGCUAACGCUUUAAUUGGAAGAAGGUAACCCCCCGAAAAUUUUGUCGGCAAAUACUGUUUCUAAGCAAUCGACCAAGAGACUAGACCUCUAGCAAGCUCUUUUACGUUGCAAGGCAAUUAAUUUUUCUAACGUCCCUGUUGCCAUUAUCAAUGGGGAACGCUCACGGCCACCGCAAGAACCGUAACAACCGCGAGCACUCUGGCUCUUACCCAACGCCUGUCCCGCCUUAUUAUAAAUACGGUCCGCCUCCGCAGCCCCAAGUUCCAAGCCCCACGACCCAACCCCAGAUGGCUCUGUCUUUGCCUUAUACGAAUGUCGAUUCUAGUCUUCGAGCCCUUGCCGGCCAAGCUGAGGGCUUUGGUCGCUUCGCCAUUGGUGGCCUCCAUGGCCCUCUCUACCAUGUCACUACUUUAUCAGAUGAUGGGCCCGGAUCAUUGCGUGAUGGUUGCCGUAGAAAAGAACCCCUUUGGAUUGUCUUUGAAGUUUCAGGAACCAUUCAUCUUUCAUCUUACUUGAGUGUGUCAUCUUAUAAGACCAUUGAUGGACGUGGCCAAAGGAUAAAACUCACCGGAAAGGGUUUAAGGCUGAAGGAAUGUGAACAUGUUAUAAUAUGCAAUUUGGAGUUUGAAGGUGGUAGAGGACCGGAUGUUGAUGGGAUUCAAAUAAAACCUAACUCCAAGCACAUAUGGAUAGACCGUUGCAGCCUUCGUGAUUAUGAUGAUGGAUUGAUUGAUAUCACCCGAGAAAGCACAGAUAUUACUGUAUCUAGGUGUCACUUUUCACAGCAUGACAAGACGAUACUCAUUGGAGCAGACCCCUCUCAUGUCGGUGAUAGAUGUAUCCGGGUGACCAUUCACCAUUGCUUUUUUGAUGGGACUCGGCAACGACAUCCCCGUGUUAGAUUUGGGAAGGUACAUUUGUACAAUAAUUACACUAGACACUGGGGCAUUUAUGCUGUUUGUGCCAGUGUGGAAUCACAGAUAUACUCUCAGUGCAAUAUAUAUGAAGCAGGGCAGAAGAAGGUGGCCUUCAAGUAUCUUACCGAAAAGGCUACUGACAAAGAAGAGGCUUGCAGUGGCUGCAUAAGGUCCGAAGGGGAUUUGUUUACAGCUGGAACCCAAGCAGGCCUGUUGACUGAGAAUGCUAGGUCCAACUUGUUUCAUCCAAGUGAAUACUACCCUACAUGGACAGUGGAAGCUCCAACAGAUACCCUUAAACAUGUUAUUCAGCACUGUACAGGAUGGCAGUGUGUCCCUCGACCAACUGAAGCGGCCUAGUAGCUAAUUGCUGCUGCAAUCACCUUAAAAGAUUCUGCACCUGUCCAUGUAGUUGCAUUGAAUAAAUAUAAUCCAUGAUCCAUAUCUUACAAGCAUAGGACACAACCGUAAUAAAGUUUAAUACAACACUAUGUUGUCAAUUCAGGUCUUUAUUGCAUUCUCUCAAGGGGACAUGAUCUGCCAGUUGUUGGCCGCCGACCAUAUGAUGUAUCGUCAUCAUUUCCAUACCUGAUUAAGCUUUCUUGGCACAGUUUUACUGGUAUUCCUGUUCCUUUCAUGCAAAUGCAAUUAUGAUAGCAGGACCAAUCAAUGAGUUCUGGAAGUUGUAACGGGAAGCUGCCACGGUUGGGUUAUAAAAGUCAAAGAGGAAGAAAAAUUGGGGUUGAAACUGAAGAAUCCCCAGAACUCAGACUAGUAUAGAAAAAACCUGUGGUGUUUGCUACCCGGCAUUCUGAAAGGUUACAAAAGGUUCAAGUGUCAAAAAGGUCGGUCGUAUCUCUUGGAAAUGUGUUGUUCCGCAUGCAAUGCCUGUCAGAUCAUAUCUCGUUUGAAAGGUAUGCGUAUCGAUAUUGUAAUAUCGAGAAAUUUCUCUACGGUAUCGAAUAGUACAAAGUGUUUUUCUCGAUUCGAAUCUUCUUCUUUGUUUGUUUUUUUUUGGUGGUUUUCGUACUUCAAUAGCAGAUUUUAUUUGACUCCCAAUUUCUGCUUA